UAGCAGUUGAAAAGGUGGCAUAGAGGAGUUCCCGUCGCCGUGCUUUUGGUUGGAAAGAUUUGGUCGUCUCUGGGUCGGGCUGAUGGAUUCUGAACGCGGAUGCGAUUCGAAGCUGUCGAUUCUUUCUUUCUGUCCGUCCAUCACGAAGGUUUUCGCCUUUCAGUUUUCAGAUUUCUCUUUCUCUGUGGAAUUGACGCCUAGGUUUCGAGAGCUGUGGCCGGGAUCUGCGACAUAGAACAGGCUCUCUUUGAAGGCAGAUUGACUAAAUCAAAACUUCCACGAGCCCAAACUUACUGAAUUUAAAGCAGCAGUUUGCAGUCAUUGUCUAAGGGAGAUCAGAUACCAAAUCGUGCUUUCAUAUCCUGAAUAGCUCUUACAAGAGGUUGUGCAAAGUUCACAAUGCAUCGUUCAAGGUUUCAAACUCCUGGCUGGGCUGCUUUUGAUCGCAAGCACCGAGAAAAGCAAGGAAGUGGAACUGAAGGUGCUGUCGUCCCUUAUCCAAUCAUCUCAAAUGAAACAAAUUCAGACUUGAUGGAAAGUUCAAACAAUACUAACUCUGGAGAAAGCUCAGUGUCCAUUGGGCCUGUGCCAACAAGGUCAUUUUCAUCAGUUGUUCUAUCUUCAAAGCCUAUUGAAUUUCCAUUUUUCAAUACUCAUUCAAAACCGGGUACCUUGAAUAUUAACAUUGAUGGGGAUGAGCAUGACGCCGUCAGAGAAAGUAAUGUGAAUCCUAUUUGGAUGCUGAAAGAUGUUCAUAGUUGGGCUGAUCAACAAUUGAUUAAGGAUAUAUUAGCAGCUGUAAAUAAUGAUGUUGGAAAGGCAUCAAUUCUUUUGAAAGAAAUGUUUUCAUCUGAAACGGAAACUAAAAAUGUGCAACCUGGUUCUUUUGGAAUGUGCUCUCAGAUUAAUCUGAGUGAACAUGUGGAUGUUUUUCUGGAAAGAAGUAGCACUUUCGAGGAGAAUAAAUUGUCUAACAAUUCUCACAAUAAAUUAAUGGUUAAGCAAUUCUAUGUCCCUAAUGAACCUGACUGGGAAGAGGAUGAUGUCUACUUAAGCUGUCGUAAGGAUGCAUUAAAGAUGAUGAGGGCAGCAUCACAACAUUCACGUGGGGCAAGCAAUGCCUAUUUGAGGGGCGAUCACUUAACUGCACAACAGCUCUCCGCGAGGGCUCGAGAAGAGUGGACUACUGCAGAACAACUAAAUUCUCAAGCAGCAGAGGAGAUUCUACGCAUUAGGAACAGCAAUAAUGACUUAUGGAAGCUAGACCUUCAUGGCCUUCAUGCAACAGAGGCUGUUCAUGCAUUGAAGCAACAUCUUCAAAGAAUUGAAUCCAUGAUGAUGAACCAUUCUGUUUCUCCCCAUGAGUUUGCAAAGGUAGAAACAAUUCAAGCCAGUCCCUCUUUUGUCUCUCUCAGUGGCUUGGAGACCUCUAGUAAUGCUAAGGGAAUUAUAGUGCCACAACAGAGGCAGACAUUAUUGCAUGUCAUUACAGGGACAGGUAACCACAGCAAGGGACAAGCAUCACUCCCUGCAGCCAUCAAAAGCUUUCUUAUUGAUGGAGGGUAUCGCUUUGAUGAUGCGAGGGCCGGCGUUAUAUCUGUUCGCCCGAUAUUUCGCCAUAGGUGACAUGCAACAUGUCAAAUGUACAUUGCCAUUGUUAAUAGUUCUUCAAUGUUCUAGUAUUUUUGAGCUGGUUAUGAUUUGCUUCUCUCUUAUCCUGUAUGGCAGUUAUUAUCUGAGUUUCAUGUGUUACUUCUCGUAUUUGACAACUUUAAUUAUAAAUUUUUAU